CAAUAAAUCGCACCACGGACAAGAGUGGUUACGUGGCUUCAGGCGCGUCGUUCUCUGUUCGUACUGCGAAUACUGUCCUGGCGGCGUUCUUAUCGGUUGUCGUACACGGACAAGGACGGAAUCGUGCCGAACGUUAUCAGUCAACCGUUCGUUUAUUUUUUUCCGUCCCUCGCAAUUCGCCGCCGCCGCCGCCGCCGCCGCCGUCGUUAUCUUCCCCUCAUCGACCGCAGUCAACGCGCGCUCCGCCGACGGGCAGAUAACGAACGUACGUGUUCCAUCGAUGCUUACGUUCCGUGUGAAAUGACGACUGCUCGAACGUGAACGUAACCGUCGUUUGACCGUAUUGCCGUCCCGUUGUCGUUGCCGUUGUAAGGGAUCAUCAAGCCUACGUGACCGAAUUGAUCGCCCGACGCAGCCAUGCCGCCGUCCAAAAAAUGUAUUAAAUAUGUUUGCUGGGCGCUUUUGUUCGUCUUCGUGUUUCUGGGAUUGCCGAAACUGUGUCUGACCCACGGCCACCACGAUCACCACGAUCACCAUGCCGAUUCAAAACAAGUACCCUUCGACACCAUGCUAUGGGUUAAAGCUUUGUCCUCCACUGUGGCCAUUAGCGUCUUUCCGUUUUUCGUACUCUUCUUCAUACCUAUUGAUAACAAAGACGAACACCAAUCGUUCUUGAAGGUUCUCUUAAGUUUUGCGUCCGGUGGACUGUUGGGCGACGCAUUCUUGCACUUGAUUCCUCAUUCGUUGUCCACGCACCAUCAUCACCAUGACGAUCAUCAUGAUGACAGCAAACACUGCAGUAUACAUACACAUUCGCCAGAAGAAGCUCACGAUCAUAGUAACGAGACUAGAGUUGGUCUAUGGAUCUUGGCUGGUAUAUUGGUGUUCUUGUUCAUUGAAAAAUUGGUUCGUGUUGUAAAAGGAGGUCAUAGCCAUUCUCAUUCAAGUGCGCAUACCAAGGAAAAAUUGAGUGACGAUGAGGACGAUAAUGUUGAUAAGAAUGUUGAUCGUGCAAAGCCAAAACACAGUUUAUCAGUUGCCGGAUGGCUUAAUGUAGUUGCUGAUUUUUCACAUAAUUUUACUGAUGGACUUGCCAUUGGUGCAGCAUAUUUAGCUGGCCAAAACAUUGGUAUUGUCACAACAAUAACAGUAUUACUUCAUGAGGUACCUCAUGAAAUUGGAGAUUAUGCAAUUUUGAUUCAAGAAGGCAGUACUAAGGCAAAUGCCAUGAAAUGUCAAUUGCUAACUGCCGUGGGUGCUAUUUGUGGUACUUUGGUGUCAUUAACGUUUGGAAAAGAUAGUGAAGCUGCUAAUUCUUGGGUGUUACCAUUCACAGCCGGUGGUUUCAUUUAUAUAGCAACUGUAAAUGUCAUACCUAGUCUUUUAGAAGAUUCCAAUUUUAAACAGUCUGUUAAAGAAAUCAUAGCUUUGCUUGUUGGAGUUUACUUAAUGGUUAUUGUAGCUAAUUAUGAAUAAGUAUUAAAUUGUAUAGUUUAUUUUAUUGUAGUUACAUUAUAAAUGUGGAAAUAU